AUGGGUGUGUCCGAUGAUCAUUUGGAAGUGUGUCAUUUGGCGAUGCUUCAUGACAAAAUGGACAUUUCUCGUAUGAUGGUGGAUUCUCAACAAGUCAAGGAGAGUAGGAUUAAGAUGAAGAUUAAGGAUGCUAAGAGGGAAAGGUACCAUGAAGUAGGUACUUCUAACGACAAGACUCGUAAUGAUAGGGUGUCUAAUGUGAGAUCCCAAAGGAGAAGAGGUGGUGAUUCACGAAGUGAGAAACCUACUUGUACCAUAUGUGGUAAGAAACAUGUGGGUGAAUGUCUCGUUAGGUCGGAUACUUGUUUUGGUUGUUUAAAGAGUGGCUAUAAGGAGAGGGAUUUUCCUAUUGUAAAGGGUCAAGGAAAGCGGAAUAACCAAGCACAAGCAAGCGGUCCUAGUUCCGAUGCUCCAAAGAAGAACCGGUUCUAUGCUCUCCGCCUUAGGGGUGAUCAAAAGAAUUAUCCCAAUGUUGUCACUGGUAUGUUACAAGUAUUUUCCAUUGAUGUCUAUGCAUUACUAAAUCCCCGUGCUACAUUAUCUUUUGUAAAUCCUUUAGUGUCCAUGAAGUUCGAUGUGUUAUCUGAUGUCUCAAUUGAACCUUUGCCGGUUACUACCCCGGUGGUUGACUCAAUUGUUGCUAAAAGAGUCUUUAGAAGUUGUACCAUAUUAUUGUCCAAUAGAGUUAAAUUGGUCGAUUUGGUAAAACUUGAUAUGUUAGACUUUCAUGUCAUAUUUGGGAUGAAUUAG